AUGGGAAAGAAGAAAGGGUCCGAUUCAGAAGAAGAUUUUGAUAUGCUUGGUGAUCUAGAUGACGAUGAUGAUUUUGAACUUAGCGAUGAUGAGCCAGCAGUUAAAAAACCAAAAGUAAAAGGAGCUCCAUCUCCAAAAAAGGCUGCACCAAAAGCUGCAAAGCCAGCAAAACCGAAAAAAGAAAAGGCUGCACCAAAGAUGCCAUCAGAUGAAGCUUUAGAGGACUCAGCAGAUGAAAAAUCAUUCGUUGUAGAUGAUGACGAUGACUUAGAUGCCCCACCAAAGCCAAAACCAAAGAAAGAAUCAAAGCCAAAAGCAAGCUCCACUAAAACAACUACAGCAGCUCCUGCUCCAAGAGUUCCAAAACCAUUUACUGGAGGAGCGAGCCUAAACUUUGGUUCGAAUACACAUUUACAGGCUCCACGUAGAGUUGGACUUAGUAAAAACGUCCAGCCUCCGCCUCUUCAUUAA